AUGGAGGCUUUUGGAGCUUUUCUUGAUGAAGAGUGGGAGAGUUUGAGCAAAAUGUUCUCCCUUGAGGACACUGAUUUUUUGCUGCAUUGCGACGACAAUAGCCCGUUUUCGAAAACCGACGACACCUCUUUAACUUGCUUGGCUUCUGGUCUGAAUGCCGCUGAAAUUAAUGCAAAUGUGUGUGUACCAUUUGAUCAUUCUAUUGAAAACACAAAACAAGAAAGCAGCAACUGCAGCGAAUUUGAGAUAACGGGUCGAGCCAAUGAGAGCAGUAAUUACACCUCAUUUCAGUUCAUGGAGGAUAACGAGGGGCUAACGCAGCUCCCGAUUUUUUCUGAUGACAUCAUGCGUGAACUUAUCGGGUUAAACGAAAGACCGGGAAAUGCAGGGAAUCAAACUGCAGACAAUGAUACUGGGAAAACCAAGAGGAAGAUUGAAGCCCCACAAGAUAAUUCGUCCGGAAAUCCUAAGAAAAAGACUCGGGCUUCAACAGAUGCUAACAAAAGUAAAAGGAAUUCGUCACAGUCGAAAAAGAGCAAGAAAGUCGCGCAAACUGUUGACAUUGAUGAAGAAAUGAACAACAUUUGUGGUGGCGUUAAUGGGCAACAGAGCGCAUCAACCACUUUUAGCUCCGAGGAAGAUGAUUCUAAUGAACUAAAUAAUGCGUCAAACGGAAAAGCUAAAACCGGCAAGGGCCCGGCAACUGAUCCUCAAAGUGUCUAUGCAAGGAAAAGAAGAGAAAGAAUUAAUGAGAGACUGAGAAUCUUGCAGAAUCUUGUUCCAAAUGGAACUAAGGUCGACAUCAGCACGAUGCUUGAGGAAGCUGUCGAAUACGUGAAGUUCUUACAGCUUCAGAUCAAGCUGCUAAGUUCAGAUGAUCUGUGGAUGUAUGCCCCAAUUGCUUACAAUGGAAUGGACAUUGGGCUUUGCCAGAAGAUUGUUCCAAAUACAUGGCCUUAA